GAGUUCAUCUUAUUCAGAGAAAUGCUGACCCACUUUAUUUGCCUUAUGUCAAAUUCCGGUUGCACCAAAUUAUUGAUGAACUGAUUUCAUGUUACUGGAAUAUAGGGUUUGCUGGACUUUUGGAAUUCUCAAACCAAGAUUGGAAUUAAAAGGAUGGGAGAGGUUGAUCCCAGACCUUUUAAAGAUGCAUGCAUAAGGAAGUUCUCUGGAGAUUGGGAGCUGAACUCCACUGAAUUAUGCUCUUUAUUGCAAAGCCUUGUUACAAAUCCAGAGAGGUAUCGUUUCAAGAGGGAGCUAAUAGAUGGGAAGUAUCAGGAAACUAUGACUGUGACGACAUUAUGUUGAAGGAAUUGAGAAGUGAGUGGGGUGAUGAGGUUUGCAAGGCUGUAUCUAAUGCAUUGCUGGUAUUGAAUGAGUACAAUGGAAGUGGGAGAUACAUAGUUGUUGAGCUUUGGAGCUUCAAGUAGGGAAGAAAAGCCAGCCUGAAAGAGGCAGUUGAGUGCAUCAUCCAAGAAUUGAAGACCCAAAAAUCUAAUAAACGUAGAAGGUGACACAGCCAUCUAUGCUUGGCCUUUAGUCUUUCACCAUUGCUACUUCUGAA